UCUUCUCAAGUAACAAAAGGUGAUCAUCAGAUUGGUUUUCGUUUUCUCAGUUGUACUACAGCAUUAUGGGCUAACUAUGAGGCCUCGAAAACCUUCUCCAUAACCAUAAUAAACGACGCCGGGAUUCCCCAACUGGCCGCCGUUUUGCUCUCUCUUACGUCUCUAACGACAGAGUCACCCGACUACUCCCUCAACACCAGCUCCUUCGUCGAACGCUUCCUUUAUCCUGAUCCGUUUUCAAUACCCCAAGAAGCACAUAUCCCACGUUACCCUCCGCCUUGCUCGCAAAAAUCUCACCGCCCCUCCGCCAUAGUCUCCGCUGGAAGAAAAGUCAACGCCUACGUCAUUGACCUGAGUCCAUCAUUACUUGAAGAAGACAACCAUAAAGAAGAGAUCGUGUCAUCUGUUUUACGUGCCAUGGUUCGAGUAUGGCUAUGGGAUGGCAAGUCUGGUGCUCCGGCGAGGCUCCUUGACGGCGUGGUGGAGUACGUUGCAGAUUUGGCCGGAUUUUCUGGUGAGGAAGUCGCCGUCGCCUGGGAAGGUUCACCGGAAUGCGAAGGACGACGGAGGCCGAUGGUGGAUGGAUAAGAACCCAAGGCACGUGGCAAGUUCUUGCACUUUUGUGAGUCACAAAAGGAAGGGUUCAUCCGACGGCUGAAUCAAGGGAUGAGAGACACGUGGCAUUCGGGUUGUAGAUAAUGCGUUGGGAUUUCCCCGAAGAGAUCGUGUGGUCUUCGCCAUACUUCUGGGCCCCACAGAAUAAUACAAUGUUGGUCGGGAGAUGGUGAUCGUCUGCAGCCAGAUGCAAUGUAUUUUGAUACGCUCCUUAACCAAAAUCCCGUGUUCAUUAUCUGGUAAAUUUUGUGGGAGAUUGAUUGAAAAGAUAAAAAAAUGAUGGAUUUGAA